AUGGCAGAAGCUCUCGGACUUGCCUCAAGCGUUAUCACAGUGAUCGAUCUAUCCGCAAAGGUUGCUUCAUGGUGCUCUGAGUACUACGCCAAUGUUAAGAAUGCCCGAGACGACAUUGAACGCCUUCAACGGGAGGCCCAAGGAUUGAAAGUAACACUUGAGAGGGUCCAGUCACUGUGCGACGGUCCAAAUGGUGUGAAACUCCAGGAAUCCCAGAGCUUGCGUGAGGCAGUCAAGGACUGCAAGAAGCAGCUCGACCAACUAGAGACAAAACACGAGCCUCGUACAACAAAUAAAUUGAUGAGUCGUUAUGGAAUGCGCGCCUUAAGAUGGCCUCUCAAGAGCAAGGAGGUGGAUGGGAUUAUGAAGAAACUCGGAAAUUGCAAGGACAACAUAUCUUUCAGUCUCCAAGUCGACCAAGAGCUACAAGUUCUUGACAUCCAUCAAAAAAUCGUUCUUGACAAAUUGCGGUCCGCCGACAACGCCGAGUUCGACUCCCACAGCGAAGAACACAAUGCUAGAUGUUACCAAGGCACUCGAGUGGAACUACUUCGACAAAUAGAUACCUGGGCUAGCAAUCGAGGCAGCGAACGUAUAUUCUGGCUGAACGGUAUGGCGGGCACUGGCAAAUCUACGAUUUCCCGCACAGUGUCCCAAACCUUCGCCGACAAGGGAGACCUCGGCGCCAGCUUCUUCUUCAAGAGGGGUGAAGGCGACCGUGGCCACGCAGGAAUGUUUAUUACAACAAUUGCUACUCAGCUCAUCCAAAAACUACCUUCCUUGGCGCUGCACGUCCAGAAUGCGAUCGAAGCCGACCCGGGAAUCUCCAAGAAGGCUUUGAAGCAACAAUUUGACACACUUGUCUUGCAACUGUUAGUAAAAAUACAAACCCAUCCUCAGAAGUCUUCAAGCAUAGUGAUUGUGAUCGAUGCCCUUGACGAAUGCGACAGAGAAGAGGACGUCAGAACUAUAAUUCGCCUAUUCUCACAAGUGAAGCAGAUAACAUCUAUACAAAUCAAGUUCUUUUUGACAAGCAGGCCAGAGCUUCCAAUUCGCCUCGGCUUUGAGGAUAUAAGCGGUAAAUAUGAAGGACUAGCUCUACAUCAAAUUCCUGAACCUAUUAUCAAGGAGGACAUCUCUGCAUUCCUAGAACACCAGCUAGCAAUGAUCCGCGAAGAUUAUAACAAAUCAGUCACCCAAAACAGGCAAUUACCCGCGUAUUGGCCAGGCCACACAGCUAUUCAAAGCUUGGUCGGAAUGGCUAUUCCGUUGUUCAUUUUUGCUACAACCGUCUGUCGGUUCAUCAAUGACCGAAAAUGCGGCCAACCAAAGGAUCAGCUUGCUAAGGUUUUAAAAUAUGAGACUAGAAGCCAAGCAUCUAAACUUGACGCAACGUAUCUCCCAGUCCUAGACCAGUUACUCGUCGGGGUUACAAUUUCAGGGAGAAGAGCUCUAGUAGAAGAAUUCCGGCAAGUCAUCGGCUCGAUCAUCAUUCUCGCUAGCCCUCUCUCUGCUACUUCUCUCGAUCGACUACUUGGAGUCCCUGAAGGUACUGUCGAUAGCAGAACAGAUCUCCUCCACUCCGUUUUAAGCGUCCCUUCUCAUCCUGAUCACCCUAUCCGACUGCUCCACUUGUCGUUCCGGGACUUUCUCGUUGAUACUGAGAAGAGCGAGACGAACCCUUUCUGGGUCGACGAGAAAGAUGCCCAUAACAAGUUAGUGACCCGAUGCCUUAAACUCCUAUCUACAAGCAAAAAUCUCAAGAAAGAUAUUUGCAAUCUUCGGACACCAGAAAGGCCACGAGCAGAUGUCGAUAAACAAACGAUAGAUUCUCAGCUACCAUCUGACAUUCAAUAUGCUUGCCAGUAUUGGGUAUAUCACUUAAAGGAAAGCGGAAGCAUUAUAUGCGAUAACGACCAAGUCCACAAGUUUCUUAAGUGUCACUUUCUCCAUUGGCUUGAAUCAUUAAGCUUUAUUGGAAGGCUACGAGAAAGCAUUAGGAUGAUAGACAACUCGAUUGCUAUAAUAGAACCGAUAAAAGGCAGCCAGGUAUCUAGAUUCCUUCAUGAUGCAAAGCGCUUUAUCCUUAGCUACUGCUCUAUAGCUGACUUGUCGCCUCUCCAACUCUACUCCUCUGCACUUAUCUUCGCCCCGAAGAACAGCAUCAUUCGAAAUACAUUCAAGAAUUAUAUUCCUGAUUGGAUCGUACAGGAGCCAAAUACAGAUCUGGAAUGGAAUGCCAUUUUGCAGACGCUCGAGGGGCACAGCGGCGUGGUUAGGUCUGUCGCCUUCUCAAACAACUUGCAGCUGCUGGCGUCAGCGUCGCAUGACAAGACAGUUAAGGUCUGGGAUGUGGCUACAGGCACGUUGCAGCAGACACUUAGGGGGCACAGCGACUGGGUCAGCUCUGUUGCCUUCUCACAUGACUCAAAGCUGCUAGCGUCAGCGUCAAAUGACAAGACAGUCAAAAUCUGGGACGCGGCUACAGGCAUGCUACAGCAAACGCUUGAGGGGCAUAGCAUAUGGGUUAGCUCUGUUGCCUUCUCAGAUGACUCAAAGCUGCUAGCGUCAGCGUCGCAUGACAAGACAGUCAAGGUCUGGGACGUAGCUUUAGGCACGCUGCAGCAGACUCUUAAGGGGCACAGUAGCGUAGUCAGCUCUGUUGCCUUCUUAGAUAACUCGAAGCUGCUAGCGUCAGCGUCACAUGACAACACAGUUAAGGUCUGGGACGCGGCUACAGGCACGCUGCAGCAGACGCUACAGGGACACAGCGCUGGGGUCGACUCUGUUGCCUUCUCACAUGACUCAAAGCUGCUAGCGUCAGCGUCAUAUGAUAACACAGUCAAGGUCUGGGACGCAGCUACAGGCACGCUACAGCAGACGCUUAGGGGGCAUAGCCACUUGGUCAGCUCUGUUGCCUUCUCACACGAUUCAAAACUGCUGGCGUCAGUGUCACAUGACAAGACAGUCAAGGUUUGGGACACAGCUGCAGGCACGCUGCAGCAGACACUUGAAGGGCACAGUGGAAGCUCUGUCGUUUUCUUACACGACUCGAAGCUGCUGGCGUUACUGUCGCAUGACAUGACGAUCAAGGUCUGGGACGCAGCUAUAGGCACAGUACAGCAGACGCCUGAGGGACACGGCGACUACGUCAACUCUGUCGCCUUCUCAGAUGACUCAAGGCUGCUGGCGUCAGCGUCGCAUGACAAGACAGUCAAAGUCUGGGAUGCAGCUACAGGCACUCUACAGCAGAUGCUCCAGGGAUAUAGUGCUGGGGUCAGCUCUGUCACCUUCUCACAUGAUUUGAAGCUGCUAGCAUCAGCGUCGUAUGACAAGACAGUCAAGGUCUGGGAUGUGACUAUAGGCACGCUACAGCAGACGCUCCAGGGACACAGUGCUAUGGUCAACUCUGUUGCCUUCUCACAUGACUCAAAGCUGCUAGCGUCAGCGUCGUACGACAAGACAGUCAAGGUCUGGGACGCAGUUACAGGCAUGCUACUGCAGACGCUCCAGGGACACGGUAAUUCAGUCCGCUCUGUUGCCUUCUCAUACGACUUAAAGCUGCUAGCGUCAGCAUCACAUGACAAGACGAUCAAGGUCUGGGACGCGUCUACAGGCACGCUGCAGCAGACGCUACAGGGACACAGCGCUGGGGUCGACUCUGUUGCCUUCUCACAUGACUUGAAGCUGCUAGCGUCAGUGUCAAAUGACAAGACAGUCAAGGUCUGGGACGCAGCUACAGGCACGCUGCGGCAUACGCUUAACGUUAAUGACUACAUCUCGACUCUAUCAUUUGAUGUUACUGACUCUAUCUUGAUUACAAACAUUGGUUGUCUUACGGUAAAUACACCUGGGUUCCAAACCUUGCCUAUAUCCUCUCAAGAGGAUUAG